CUUAGUAUCGGCCGUCGCCUUGGGCUGUGCCUCUCAGGCGGCAGUGGCGGCGGCGGGCUGAGGGAAGGGGGUAGGGGUGGAGGGACAGAGGCUGAGGUUGCUGCCCUCACCCCACCUAGCCGCGGUUUUACUUAAUGAAAGAAGUGCUAGGCGGCAGGCUUUCCUGAGGGGGAUUUCUCCGCGGCGGUGAAGCUUUCCGCUGGAAAGAUGGCCACUGAGCUCGGCACUGAGGGAGAGGCAGAUCAGAGGCUAAAUAUGUCACUUGGACAGUAUGAAACAGAUGAAAUUUUGAAAGCUACUGCUGAGCAGAAAAAUGCCUCUGGUGGUCAUAGUAUAUCAGGAUCCAGGAUGAUGGACCAAAGCUUGUCAAUUCUAAUCACAGAGUAUGAUAAACAAUUGGAAGAAAUGAGAGAACAGCUGCAGCUUUAUCAGGAACAAAUGAGGGAGAUGAGACUAAAAUUUGAACAAGUCGCCAAGGAAAAUGAAAGUCUGCAUGCAGAGUUGAAAGAAGCUCUUGAGAAGCAACUAGAGGCUUUUCCUUUCAUGCCUCUGGAAACGGAUAUUCCUGCAGAUGAAGGCAUAGUGAGAAACCUUCAAGAACAACUACAGCUGGCGAAUCAAGAAAAACAACAAGCAUUAGAGCUCUGGCAGACUGUAUUACAGGAGCUUGAUCGACUCCAGCAGCAGUAUGAGGAGCGUGGGACUGAAACGCAGAUUCACGUGGCUGAAAAGCAAAAGCAGAAAGAUCAACUGACUGGCUUUCAGCAGUUGCCUCAGCAAGUGCAUAUAGGCCAUGAGAAAAUGGAGUUGAGCUAUCAGCAGUUUCUGAAAACUCUAAUGCAACAGAAUGUGGAACUAGAGCAGCUACAAAAACAACUGAGGCAGGCCAAAAUAGAUAAGCAGACAGCAAAUGCUAAGAUUGGUGAAAUGACCAGAUUGACAGAGAAGCUUCAAAGCCGGUUGGAAAGAAAGGAAGAAGAUGUGAUAUCUGCUCAGCAAAGAGAAGCAGCAUCUGACAAACGCCUGCAGCAAAUGCAGUCUAGUAUAAAACAAUUAGAAACAAGAUUACGUGUUACUGUCCAAAAUGCUGAACAAGUAAGAACAGAAAGAACAGCCCUGGAGAAACAAAUUGGAGAGCUUCAGACAAAGUAUGCUAAUCUAGAAAGGGAGAAGUAUGAUGAUGCUGCAAAAGUGCAAGACUGCAUACAGCUCUUAGAAGAAGCUAACCUACAGAAAAGUCAGGCACUCUUUGGGGAGAAACAAAAGGAAGAGGAAAUCAAAAAAAUGAAAGAUGAGAUGUCUCAACUUGCAGAAGAUACUGCUGCAAGAAUUAGAAAGGCAGUAGAUUCUGCAAAGAAGCAAUAUAAUGUGCAGAUUUCUCGACUAACAGAAGAACUUUCAGCUCUUCAGAUGGAAUGUGGAGAAAAACAAGGUCAAAUUGAACGAGCCAUUAGAGAAAAGAGAGCAGUGGAAGAAGAGCUUGAAAAGAUUUACAGGGAAAACAGGGGAAAUGAAUCUGACAAUAGAAAACUAGAGCAACUGCAUCAGAAAUAUUUACUUGCAGAAACUACCAAAGGUGACCUUCAGCUAAGUCUGCAGACAAUGCAAAAUAAAUUGAAGCAACUGGAAAUAAACUCUGAGGAAGAGAAAUCUCGUUGCCAGGAAGUUAUCUGUAAAUUGCAAAGCACUCUGGAUUCAGAAAGAGAAGAGAGUACCUUUGUCAGUGAACAAAGGCUAAAACUUCAGCAAGAGAAUGAACAAUUGCAAAAAGAAAUGGAGGGCUUGAGAAAACUGGCCAUAGAGGCUCAACAAAAAGCUAAAAUAAAGAUAAGCGUAAUGGAGCAUGAGUAUGCUGUGAAAGAACAUGGAUAUGAAGCUCGACUUAAGGAAAUGGAAGACACCAGUCAGAAGUCUACUGCUGAACUUAGACGUCUGUUAGUAGCUCAGCAAAAAGCAACAAAUCGGUGGAAAGAGGAAACAAAAAGUCUUACUGAAAUUACAGAAGCUAGGAUCUGUAAGCUAAAAAGUGAGCUGAGUCAACAGAAACUUCGUAACCAGGAGCUCAUUUCUCAGCUGGAAAUGGCAAAUGAAAAGGUAACUGAGGAUGAAAAAUUAAUGGUGGAAUAUCGAGAGUACGUCAACAGGCUUCAGAAGCGACUGAGCCAGGCAGAACAGAGGGCAGCUACAGCGUCUCAAAAGCUCAGCCUGAUAACUACAAAGAAGAAGAAAGCUGCUUCCCUGAAGGAUCUGGAAAAUACUUAAAGGCGUGUAUAUUGUUCAUUCACCCCAUGUUGGAGUUAAGAAGAUUACUGGAGCAUGAAAGUCAAAUGCACAGCAAGGCUUGUAAAACUUAAGAUAAACAUUUUCUGUUUUAUUCGGGUAACAAAGGGGAUGGAUGAGGAUACUGUACCUGUAUGCACAGUAAAGAUUGGAAGACGACUGCAAAAUGAUGUCAUUAAAGUCCUUUAAUGUAGCAGAUGAAACAAUCUGAUACAGUGCUCUGGCAUAUUGGUCUUUUUUGGUUUAAAAAACACCAGCUCUAUGACAAGACUGUACAGGGAACAGAUGACAUUAUAUUGAAAUUCAUGAACAGCUUUGCUCACAUACAGUCAAUACCUUUAAUUUUUCUUUGUAGUGCAGUAAAUUGGGAACAUUUUGAAGUUCUUUUACGAAUUUUAUGAAGAUGGUAACUACAUGGCGAAUGUCAAAUAGCUGCUGUUUUUACGGCAGGCGUGACAGCUGCAAAAGGCCUCCACUACCUUCCAGUUUUAAGAAUUUGGUUCAGCUUGUUCUGAUGCCCCUGGGAAAGAGUUAAUAAAUAAAAUAGUGCUAUGGCUAUUCAUACAGCUCGUUCCUAAGGACUGUAGUCUGUCCAGUUGUGCUUUUCUCUUCUCAAUUACUAUUUUACAGUUGUUCCUUGCUUUGCUGAUGUGCCCUCUUGGUUUGUAUGUGUCUAGGAACUUCAGUUCUCUGCUACUUCAAUUUUCACAAAGCUGGUGAAGUCAUCCAGCUUUUAUGCAUUAUGAAAUGAUGCGUCUGAUUUCUACAGAUGCCAGUAUGUGGGAAUCCUCUUGCGCAUAUGGUUUUGACAGUUGAGAAACUUCAUAUAUAUCAUUUUAAAAUUAGAGCUGAACUCUUUUUCUCUUUCAGCAUAUAUUAUAAACAGUUGAUAGAUGUUAGCUGAUUUUUGAAGUGCUCCCAUCUUGGACUUAAGGGACAUAAUUUCUUCUCCUUCCUCUUAAAUGUGAAGAGCGUAAUUCUGAUUUAUAUCUUCUAAUUCAGUUGAUGGAUAACACCUACCCAGGGCUUGGUGAAAACUGUCGUUUUGGACUAACAAACCCAGACAUCUCUCACAGUGAUCUUCACUGUAUUCGCAUUUUAGAGGACAGACUUGGGUUGAUCACCACAUGGAAAUACGUUUGUGCCACCUCCUGCAAACCCAGGUGUUCAGGUAGAGCUUGCAAGAGGGAUACAACCUAAAGAAAAAUUUCUGCUAACUGCAGAGGAAGUUACUAUUUCCUACAGUUGCACACACUUCUUUUCUAGUGCUUUCUCGGGUUGGUACAUGUUUGUAUCCGCUGCAAUCACUAAUUUUGCUAAAAGACUUCAAAGAUUUUUUUCAAAGCAAUGUGGAUGCAUUGUCCAGAAGCUCCAAAUGUCUGUUGCAGUGAUAUUUUUCAUCAAUCAACUGUGUAUGUGGUACAGAGGGAGGUAAGUACCAAGCACCUUAUUUUCAUUUGCAUAAUGUGCAUCUGAGGUGAUGACAGACCACCUGGAAGAUUGUGUGAGCCAUUAAUCCCACUCACUCCUUGAAGAGAGGCUCUACCUGUGAAGUGAAAACUGGCUGGAAAUGGCAGGUAACUAAGUUUUGGUGUGACAGUAUUUGUGUACUUGUUCCUUGAGGCACAGAAGGGCACCCGAUUGGUUUGCUUUUGAUUAUGGGUAUACUCAUUUCAACUUGUGGUGCAGCUCUUGGGUAAUGGGUAUUUGACACAACAGGAAUUGCAAUGAUGACACAAGCACCUAACUACAAAGUUAAGGGGCAGCAGAGCAAUUAUGGCAGAUGACACAGGUAAGAGAGAUUUCCCUCCUGUCUCUGAGCAGCUAAAAAACUGACCAAAUGCAUGUCUAAACCACACAGAGGUGUGUGGUCAAGCUCAUCACCGAUACCACCUCCUUUUGCUUCCAUGUGGUGUCAAAUGUUGCUCACAAGUUGGACAUCCAGAGGAAAGGCACUUGCUGGAGCAAUUAAAAUUUGAGGCUUGCUGGUUAGUUAAGUUUUGCUCUUUUCCUCAGGAUGCUAGAUUGUUUCAUGGAAUUGAGCAGCAGGCUUUUCAAUCAUCGUUCUUGGUGAUUUUACAUUUGUUCCUAUGUAUUUCUUGUCACUCUUCCACUGAAGUUUCUUUUUCCCCCACCUUCCUUUCCCACCUCAGCACCGUUUUUUGAGCGUUUUAAAGACUCCCUAGUGUGACAUUAAUGCUUCCCAGUGAGUAGAACUUCUGUUCUUGGCUAUUUAGGAAAAGUUUCUGGUUGAAUAGUUAAUUCCAUUCAGCAGGUGAGAUAAACUGUGAAGGUAGUGUGAGUUUAGUUUUGGGUCUGCCCAAGAGCCUGACACCUUCUGGCACAGGCCAGAUCUUGAAAGAUCUGUCACUGCCUACCAGAAACUCUUUGAUGGUAAGCCUACUGAAGUGCUUAGCAAGCUGCCCCCUGCUCUGACCUUCUUGUUCUCAGGUGUCCCCAGCAGAGCAGUGCCUGUCAGACAGGCAAGGUCUCUAAAGCAGCUGUCAGAACCUCUCAGACUUUUACUCAUGCCUUGAAAAGCUUGUACUAGUAACUCUUAGGAGGGGCAUCCUUUAACCUUCGUUCCUUGAAAUAUGUUUUUGAGGGGUACCACUCCCAGUUGCCCACACUGUGAAUGCAUGUGAUACAAGUACGGAGCUGAGAAAUUAUUUAUCCCUUGCUGUUUUUCGAGAUGUACUGCUAUACAUACAACUUCACAACCUCGUCCUUUUCUUGCUCUGCUCCAAGUCUGUUCCAUGUUUCUGCACCCUGAGUUAGACGAAGUGAGAGGGAAGGACCUGUGGUGCCCUUCAGGCCUUGUCUCCUGGUGGUGCUACUCAAGCAGCAGCUGCCCCUCAGCAGUUCAUGGUGUGAACAUUUGUUCGGUGUGUGCGUCCUGAAGAUUGACAGGCAAAAAACCUUGUGCUGCCCUUCCAGUGGAAUACGUACAUGACAAUUACAGACUUUGGAAGGACAUCGUGUAUUGACAAAUGUAAACUCUUUGAGGUAAGCAACAUCUCUUUGAGGAUCUCAAGGGAAAAAGCAUACAAUUUUCUGUUCAUGGGCUAGGUGCAGCUGUCAGUAACAAGACCCAAUACUAUUUCUAAAAAGAAAAAUAAAAGUCUUGCAACUGCAGUGUGCAUUUUGAUACCUGUAAUAAUCCAAAUCAAAUUGCUUAUUUAACCAUGAAAGGUCUUCAGCUCAUUGCAGCGAAGUGUUUAUGUAAAACCCAAACAAAAUUACUACUGCAAAUUCUAAAACACUGCUGGCAAGGAUACUGCAAAAAUGUACAGCAUUUAUUCACAUACAGACAAAAAGGCACAAUUCUACUGAAUAUUUUAACAAAAAAUACAGCUGUCUUCAACUAGGUCUUUAUAAAUACUUCAAAAAAGGGAGAAAAUAAAUACAGGAUUGGGCCAUGUAAUAUAAAAUAGUCAUCUCUACAUAUACUUUUUAUUUCUAUCUGUUUCUCUUCAUGCACCUUUUUUAAUUAAUUUCAGCUGAAUGGACACCAAAGCUAGGCACAUAGUGAAAAAUCUUCUGUACAAAGUUUUACAAAUGUAAUGACGAUUUUCUCAAAUUUCUGAAAUUGAAAUUUAUACACAACACGUAUAACCCUUCAUUUAGAAUUGUGUGAGUUUAUAACCUAACAAAUGGCAUUUUGGGCAACUUUACAGAAGUUCAACUAGCCUACAGUUUGACAGAAUACACCAAUCAUAAUCAAAGAUCUCUUGGUCAGUCUGCACAAGGAAAGGUAACGCUUAAAACCAGAAAUUCAGCAAAUGGUUCUAUCCCAAUAAAAUGCAGGCAUGGGUUUGUAUUGUCACUGCUGUACUUACAACACCUCUUCUGCUGCGCGCUAAGCAUGGGAGACAAAGCUAACCUACAGAGCUGGGCACACUGCAGUCUUCUUACAGCUUUUUUGGUUUUGGUUCAGCUUAACUUGAAACAUUAGAAAGCUUAUUAACCUAAAUGUCGGGGAGCGAAACAGAUAAGGCAUUAAUUCUGCACAACAUUAGCAUUCAUAAUAGUGCAAAUUAACAAGGUACCUCUUGCAAACUGGUGUGAGGGUAAAUGUUUAUUUAGAAUCAAAUUUUAGAUUAUUCCAUCUAUGGCUUGUCAAACAAUUCCCUAUAUGGUCAUGAGCUUCUUUCUUACAGAAAACAACAGUGCCUGUCUAGAAAAUGUCACUGUAUGUUGAGUAGAACUUACCUGCAUUUUUACCUUUUGUCUAUGGUGGUAUUGGAUCAAAUAAGUACUUUUCUUUUAACAUGUCCCAAGAGUAACUGUGUAACUUUAGAUUCACCAGUGCCCUCUGUGAUUUUUGACCUCCGAGUGAUGAAAUUAAUCUAACUUCUUGGGACCAGCAAUGGUAUUUUAAAAGUAUACUAGCUGUCUUAUACAAAACUCCCCUUCCUCAAAAAGUUAAGACUUCUGAGUUUUAAAACAAAUGACAGGGACGCAGUCUGAAAUAUUUAAUUAAGUGAUAACUUGCAUAGCAAGAUAGGGUGUUAAUAAGUGCUUUUUUUUUUUUCCUUUUCUCUUUUGUUUGAUUGAAUCAUCUGGAAGACUCAGUUAUGGCAGAGUUCUACUGUGUUUUAAAUGCUCCCUGCUCAAGAGCCAAGGGUCUAACAUUAAAAAGCAAGUGGAUGUGGUAACGGCAGGCUAGGAGUAGGAAAGGGCGGGGGGAAGGGGGUUCUUUAUGCCUGUCUUUGUGUAAGACAUUGCUGCUUAAACUUCUUCACCAGUACAUACCUGACUUUUUACGUCUACGCAGAAUUCCAAAAUUUACAGGCUCCUAACACUCCACUGUUACAUGUGCACUCUACUCAUUACAAAACAGUAUCCUAAUGAUCUGUUAAUAUUAUUGCUCAUAGCUUACUAGUUAUUGCCAUUUGCAAUUAUUAAAAAAAGUACACAAUCAGAAUAUGAGUUCCCUCUUCCAUCAAAUCUAGUCCAGAAUAGAAUGAAAUAUUUUUUCAUUUGACUGUAAAGAGCUAAUCACAAUUUAUUGCCUUUCCAUUUUAUUCUAUUUAAAAAUAUAUAUUCCUGUCUAUUUUAAAGCAACCCUUUAGUGUCAUAAGCCUGGCUUUCCCAAUACAUACCAUUAGUGCAUCCAUAGUGGGCUUUGGGAAAUCCUACCAACUAGUGCCUUAGAAAUUUUUUUCUUGAAUUGUCGUUGUAGUCCCGAGGCAGGUGACUGGCUAAACGGUGGCAGGUUAUUCCACAGGAGGCCAUGACCCACAAGCCAGCCCCCUUCUCUGAGGGGAGCCCCACAAGAGCUCACUCUGUGCUCAGCCCCCGUCCUUCCAAGCUGUUGCACCACAAGGCAGCUGCAGCCCUGACCCUUCCUCCUCCUCCAGUAUAACAUCAGGGUUAGACCUGCUCAUCUCCUACGUGUAUUUACAUGUAAACUCUGGAGUUUAUGGAGGGUUUUGAGCCGCCAGCUACAAUCAAACUGAAUGCAACAGAAAACAUUCUGCAAAGAGGAGAAAGACCUGCCACCAUCCAAGGAACAUGGCCAUCUGUGAUGGGGUUUAGCAGUGCAGUACGGUUAAACAACCAUCUUUGCUUCAAUACACACUAGUUAAAUUAAGAGCUUGUGCUUUUCCAGAAGGCAGGGGAAGGGAGUCAGAUUUUACCAGUGCUUUUUUAGCUAAAAGGGAUGAAUGCAGCCUACUUCCCCUUACCCACCCUAGCCCCGUCUAAAAGGUUUUUGUGAGUUAUUUUAGUGUUCAUCACAAAUCCUGUUUCAGUAGUGAUGCUGUUUCUCUGCUUACUCAGGGAAGUUGCAAAUAAAAGAGAUUUUAACUGCUCACAGAAUGGGGGGGGGGGGGGGC